ACAAAAUGGCUGAUAACGAGCAAACUUCGGAUUGUAAACAACAAAAUGUUUGCAGUUUUUCCUUUAAAAAAAGGAUCAACAAGCAAGCAAUGCGAAAAAGAAAAAGUAGCAGUAGUGAUGGAUCUUCUAGUGACUCGGAUGGUGGGAAUAUUGCUGUUCGCAAACAGAAACUGUCAUCGAGAAGAAAUCCAAUGAUCCAGGCUACAAAGAGGUUUAAGGUGUUUGAGCCGGUCAAGGCUGACAGUGACGGUUCUGCUGAAGACGAAACUAAGCCAACCUUCAACUUCAAGUCAAGUCGUACCGGGAAGCGAGAAGGUCCCAAUGACAUGGGUGCGACUGCGACGGUCGAGAUAGACACGUCGCUAGACCAGGAUGCUCAGGCGAUCUUUGAGAAGUCCCAGACGAUCAACAAGGAGCUAAAGGGACAAGAGGACGACAAGAUCUACCGAGGAAUCAACAACUACGCGGUGUACUACGAGAAGAAAGACACGGCUCAAGGCAACGCCUCGUCCGGAAGCGUCAGGAAAGGUCCAAUCCGAGCCCCUGCCCACCUGCGUGCGACGGUUCGCUGGGAUUAUCAGCCCGAUAUUUGUAAAGACUACAAAGAAACAGGAUUCUGUGGAUUUGGUGACAGCUGUAAGUUCCUGCACGACCGAGGUGACUAUAAACACGGCUGGCAGCUGGAGAGAGAAGAGGCACAAGUUCACGAUGAUGAAGAUGACCACAAGUAUGAAGUGAGCAGUGAUGAGGACGAACUGCCUUUCAAAUGUUUCAUCUGUCGGAAGAGCUUCACGAAUCCAAUCAUAACCAAAUGCAAGCAUUAUUUUUGUGAGAAGUGUGCCCUGGAACAGUACAAGAAGUCUAAGAGAUGCUUUGUCUGCAAUGAACAAACAAAUGGUGUUUUUAACCCUGCAAAAGAACUCAUAAACAAAAUGAAGAAAAUACGUGGAUCUGACAGCGAAGAAGAAGAAGAAGAAGAAGAAGAAGAAGAAAAAGAAAAAGAAGAGAAACAGAGUGAGGAAAAGGGUGCUUGGACGAAUUGCGAGUUGAAAGUAGGAGAUUGAGAUGGAGAGAAGAAAGAAAAGGGUGAAAACCAGACAUGGGGGAUAGAGAGAAGGAUAUAUGAUGAGAUGGAGAGAAGAACAAAAAGGGGGAAUGCCAGUCAUGGGGAUAGACAGAAGGAUAUAGGGAUGAGAUUGAGAGAAGAAAGAAAAGGGUGAAAACCAGAUAGGGGAUAUACAGAAGGAUAUAGGGAUGAGAGUGAGAGACGAAAGAAAGGCAUGAAGACCAGACAUGAGGAUAGGCAGAAGGAUAUAGGGACUUGAGGCCAGACCACACCAAGCGAGUCAAUGAGUUGCUGAUAAUUGUGAAACUGAAACAUGACUGUAACUCAAGGUCACGGUUAGAUGGAGAUGAAUUGUUGUUAAUACUGGUUGCAGCAGUUUACUAUGUUUAACCUCGCCAUAAUAAAAACAAUGAGGGCCCUGAUGUAUAUGUAAAGAGAUAUCUAUUAAUAUUUAUCUGUCCGUCUGUCUGUCUGUCUGUCUAUAACUACAGACUACAAGAGACAGAUAUAUAUACUCAACAACAAAAAGUUUAGCUAAUGUUAAAAGAAAUGGCAUAACAUUUAUAAAGUAACCUAUUUUUAUUAAUUAGUAUUCACAUCUGAAAUUUCUUAUUUCUUUCAAUUAGUACAUAUUGCCAAACAGAGCAUACCCUGAAAUACACAACAAACAACACCAAUUCAAAGGAAUAUUUAUAAUUUAUUUCACCUUACAAAUUGUGAAGUGUGAAGCAAGUAUAAAGUAGAAGUGAAUAAACCAAGUGUAGAUAACUUAAAAUAAACCCAUCUUAAAUUGUUAAUUAAAUUGGGUGACAUGUCAGAGGAUAGAUAGAUAGAUAGAUAACAAUUUAACGUGUCCAUAUACCACUAGGGUUUCGAACACGCCCAUCCAGAGUCCGACUUCCGAUAAGA